AUGGAGGCCGCCACCCAGAACUAUUCGGACGAGGGAGCCCAGCGGAAGGUGUUUGCCUCCGUGUGCGCCAUUUGGUUCGUGCUGGGCGGCUGCGUUCUGCUCGUUCGAAAGGCCAGGCAGGAGGAGCACACUUCGCAACGACUAUCGGUGUCUUCGUAUCUCGGCCGGCUGUUCGGAUCGUGCGUCAGCUUGGUGUUGUUCCUGGCUGGCACAGUGGAGGGCCCCUCCGCGAAGCAGGUGGCCCAGGAGUUGCAACACAAACGGCUUCUCCGCGGGCAGGCCUCGAUCCCAUAUGGCUGCGCGGCCGUUGCAGUCUUUCUUGGAGUCGGUAUGUUCAGGGCCGUCAUGGGUAUGUCGCGCCUGAACUCCGUCGUGCAGGAUAUAUGUAUGCUUGUGGGUUGUUUCGCCGUUCUCUUUCUCUGGGCGUAUCCUAGAAGUCUGACGCUAAGAACAUUGGAUAUGUGGUCGUCCUUCUUGAUCUUAGUGGUUGUCAUCAUUGUGUCACCUUUUGCCUCGGAAGGAGUGUUUGCGAACUCCCACUCUCUGUUACCCUUUGGUGCUACUAUGGUGGUGUGCUUGUUCAACAUGAACGUCCGCUUCAACUUUAUAUGGCUAUUGAUGGUAUCUUUGUCAAUCUGCAGCAGUAUAUAUGUCGACACUCAGAGCACUCUUGGAGGCCGUCUACCAGGACGUGCGCAGAGAAUUUCUACGGUGCUGAUGGCGACUUUCGUCUUCGCUAUCGUUGUCGCGUUCUUUCACAAGUCGGUCUACUUGGUCGUGCAGUACGACAUGGAAGCUAACACUUCUAGGAACGAGCUAAAGGCUGCGCGCUCGGUGCUACGGAGCGUCUGCGACGCCGUGGUGGAGCUCGACGGCGAUUUCCGGCUGCAGGACGGGUCCUCCGAGUUGGUGGACAUGCUCCUGCUGAACCCGCUGCGCCCCCUCCUGGGCGAGGACCUGAGGCAGUUCCUGGCGUCCCAGCAGGACCGCGAGAAGUUCUCCGAGCAGCUGGGCAGGGCCUGGCCUUCGAGCGAGGAUACCGUCGGGCUCAGCGCGGCGUUCCACGUCUCCAUGAAGGACAGCUCCAGCAUAGCCCUCGAUGUCGAGGUGUUCGGCGUGCGCUUCGUCAACCGGGAGGGGCAGGCCGCGUACUUCGUCGGCAUCCGCGAGUUCACCGACACCGCCCCGAUGCUGAGGGACAGCGGGCCGGAGAGGACGCGGCAUGGCGGCGGACGGAGCGGCCCGCGGCGCGCCUGCACGGCAUGCUUCAGGCAACCGGCUGCGCCUGCAGACUCCACGGCCGCGGCCUCGAGUCAGGCUUCCUCGGACGUGAGCUCCGAGCCCUGCUCGCUGGACGAGAGCUGGGAGGACCCCGGCGCCGAGGAGGAGCCCGUGGCCUGGGUUGACGUCUUGACCCCGAACUACUCCGUGAGGCUCGCAUCCCCCGCGUUCGCGAAGUACGUGGAAGCCCGGGGCGAGCUCCUCACAGCCAUGCGGCAGUCCCAGCACGACCAGUUCAUAGACUGGGCGCAGGAGGCGUACUUUGCUUGCCUGGAGGAGGGCCCGGGCUCCGCCGGCCGGACGUACCACAGGCGGCUCCACUUCAGGUCCCCCGCGCAGCAGAAGGGCGCCCACAGCUCGAUGGGGUCGAGGCCGAUGCUCUCGGCGCUCCUGCAGCUCGACCUGACGCGGCCGCCCGACGGCCAGGACCGCGGCCGCGGAGUGGUGCGCAUCGUCCUCCAGGACAUCCUGCUGGGCCGGCGCGUGCCCCCUGGCCCGCGGCGGCCGUCGCGCUGCGGCACCCCCGCGGCCAUCGCCCAGGCCGCGAGCGGCCGGCUGGCUCGGGAGGCCGCCCUCGCAGGUGGCCCGGCGCCGCAGGCGGUGAGGCUGGUGCGAGGUGUUGUCAGCCUGUGA